AUGGAAGCCGAACUUGCUGCUCUAGAACUAAACAAGACCUGGAUCCUUAUAGAUUUACCUCCUGGAAAAUCUCCAAUUGAUUGCAAAUUUGUGUAUAAAACCAAAUACCAUUUUAAUGGUACAAUUGAAUGGAAGAAAGCACGUUUAGUUGCUCAUGGUUUUACUCAGCAAGAGGGAGUCGAUUAUCAUGAAACAUUCUCCCCCGUUGCCAAGAUUGUUAUAAUCCGAACACUGCUUGCCUUAGCUGUCAUUAAAGGAUGGCAUUUACAACAGUUUGACGGUAAUAAUGCAUUUCUUCAUGGAGAUUUACAUGAAGAUAUCUAUAUGAAGAAGCCCCCUGGAUAUACUAAAGGUCAACCUGGAUAA